AUGCCAGCGCCUUUCUCCAGUGGCAUCCACGCCAACUUCAUCCCAAACACGGUGAAGGCCCCUGACCUGGUUGUUCCUGUUUCAGCUGAUUUUCCAAAGGGGAAAGACUCAGCCUCGUCCCAACUCCCCUUUCUUUGUAAUGUGGCUUCUCAUGUUGUCCCUGACCAGAUGUUCCCAGUGAUUCCAAUUCCAGGGCUUCUGGACUCUGCGGAUUCUCCACCCUCCCAAUCAACUUUCAUAGUGUUUCCACCCUCCAUCAACUUCACCCCUACCAUACCUGCAGGCUUCACCCCUCGCACACUUAGUACCAGACGACUAUUGAUCCUCAUUGUUUUCACGAAAAAGACCCCAGAUCACGAGGCUUCUUUCGUGCAGACUUGGGACGACUGUGGAUCACUCUCUUCCUCUCGACUUACAGCCUUCCAUCUCCCCCUUCUCGAUCCAUCGCCUGUCAAACUUUGGCCCGAUGACAUAACGACAACCACAGAACGGGGAGCCUCUCAGACCCAUCCUCCCCCCGGCCAGUCAACUCACGACAGCCUUCGGAGAUUCUUCACUGCAACCUUUAAUGCAUCACCACUACCGUGGUUCGUCCGCCCGCCGGCCCUCGCUCACUCGCAUAUUUUGCCUGGCUUGUGCGACCCAUGCGGGAGAUCACUGGCUGGUCCCCCUCCUCCUCCUCCGCCGCCGCAUCCUUCUCUCGGUCUCGGUGGUCUUUCCCCUCCAUCUGACUCGUCUCGGCCUCCGCGAUAUUUCGACUACGAAUCUGACUUCUUGGCCUCUGUCUCUAGCAGUCUAGCUCGGCGGAUCGAUGAUGACUCGCCGUUCAAGGUCUUCGCGAACAGGGUUUUCGUCUGUCAGGCUGUCACUAGAGUCAUUGAAUCUACUAGAUGCCCCGAGGACAUCCCGCCAGACCUGAUCAAAACGGAUCCUGCCUCGCAGGGCGCGCAGCGGGAACGGCACUAG